GACCGACACUCGGCGGACGUUUGUCACCGGAGCGGUGCGGAGAGGAGAGGAGAGGAGGCUCCCCGGCUUUCUUUUCCCGCAACACCCACGCCCACGUUUCGGGAUGCUGGCGGACAAGACGAUGGUGUCCCCCUGGGACCGCUGGUACUCCACCAGCUGCUGCCUGUGCUGUCACGUCCGCACGGGGACCAUCAUCCUGGGGGUCUGGUACAUGCUCAUCAAUGCCGUGGUGUUGCUCAUCCUGCUCACAGCGCUCAGUGAUCCUGAGCAGUACCACCUGACCAGCGCUGAGUUGGCUAAUGACCUGGAUGUCAUGGAUGACGCCAACAUGUGCAUCGCCUCGGCCAUCUCCCUGCUGAUGAUCCUGAUCUGUGGGAUGGCAACGUAUGGCGCAUACAAGCUGCGUGCUGCAUGGAUCAUCCCGUUCUUCUGCUAUCAAAUAUUUGACUUUGCUCUCAACACCCUGGUGGCUGUGAGCAUCGUGGUUUACCCAAACACCAUCCAGGAUUACCUGCAGCAGCUGCCGGAGAACUUCCCUUACAAAGAGGAGGUGGCCGCUCUCAGCAACGUGUGCUUGGUCUUCAUCGUGCUGCUUUUCAUCAGCUGUAUUCUGGGCUUCAAGGCUUACCUGAUCGCGUGUGUGUGGAACUGCUACAGAUACGUGUGCAGCCGGGGAUCUUCUGAAAUCCUCCUUUACGUCACAACCAAUGACACCACCGUGCUGUUACCUCCGUACGACGACAGUGUCAGCGUUCCUCCGAAGCAGGCUCCGCCUCCUUACACCACCGCCACCGCCUGAAGACCCCACUGAGACCCCGGCAACAUUAAUGCACCACACUGCCUCGCCUGUGUUCCUGUGUACAGUAUAUUCACGGAUAUAUUGUAGAUAUACACACACUCCCGCUGAUCGUUUUUCCCUGUAACUCUCCCCUCCGUCUCGUCUGUCUGUUUUUUGGUAGAACUCCAGAAAUGACGUGCAUUUUGAUGUAUGCUGUAUCUGAAUCUGGGAGAAGUAACAACUGAAAGCACUAGAAGUUGUGAUAGAGGACAUAUAUAUAUAUAUAUAUUUUCUUAAUUUAAGUAAUUUAAGCUCUGUGUGUGUUUGUGACAGUGUUUUGGUGGCUGUACCUUUGAUAGAGGCGUUCAUCUUAUGCACACACACACACAAGCGGCCGCGGAUCGGUCGGUCGCGAAGUUUCUCGUUUGUCUCGUCUCUGCUCGCGAUCAGGGUCGGAUUGCCUUCAUUCUGAACUUUCUCUUUGAUGGGGUGCACACCUGAAGUCUCACCUUGACGGGAAGUUUCCCAAAGAAAUGCGUCUGCCUGUAUUCUGACUUGAUCAAAGAGCAACCUAGUGUAUAUCGAACAUAUCACCCUCUCUCUCUCUCUCUCUCCCCGUUAGACAAGCUGAAGCUUCUAAACUUUUGUGUGUUUCUACUGAGAUGUCUGAGAAGAUAUUUGUCUACUUUGAUAGCGCUGAUCUGGCAUCAGUUUGCUCUUUCAAGUCGUUUUGAGUGAGUUGCUCGCAGGAACCCGGAGCUCAAUAAAUAUGGACCCUGUUUUUUCAAUUAGGCCGACGAGAGCGUCUCUGGUCUGUGUAAACAUCACAUCAGUCUGCUCCUCCAGAUGCAGACCGCUCCCCAAAAUGUCCUCCAGGGACACAAAACCCAAACCUGAGGAACAUCGAUGUAUGGGAAAUAAAGAUGUGACAUUAUUUGUCUAUUAAAGUCUGAUUUCAUUGA